GCUUGGCCUCGAGCUCUGAAGCGCCGCAUACAGCAGCGCUUCACCGACUGGGGAAGCACCUCCUGCCGGCCCGCACACAGCGAUGCCUUGAGCCACGCUCUCUUUCAAGCAGGAGAGAGCCAUCACGGCUGCACUCUGCACUGAGACGCCUCCGCGCUGCUUUGCAGCGGCUGCCACCCCAGCCCCGUGAAGAGGGUAUCCGGGCACUGAGCCCCGAGGUGCGCUGGCAGCUGCUGAAGUUCAUGGAGGCCUCGGCGACUUCGGCUUCUCCGAAAAUUGGGCCGAAGCCGACCAAGCGGACCAAGUCAUCAGAGCCCAAGACCUGUGGCUUGCAGCAAAAUCGGCAAGGGCUCUUCCGAGCCAAAAUCAGCUUUGAACACAUUCGGCUGUACAGCUCUUACACCUUGCCGCGAGCAGCAGUGGAAUACCACAUACUACUGGUGAGGCUGAGGCAGCUAGUGAUGAUGAACACACCUCAAGCCGCCAGCGCCAGCGAGGGAGUCUCCGAGCUUUGUGAGGCGUUUGCCACUGCUUUUGCAGAGUUAGAGCGGGAGCCCGUCGUCAACAUGAGACCUCGUGAUUGUCUAAGUGGAGAGCAGGGCUUGAACUGCUUCUUAAAGAAGUAUGGAAUCCGAAGCUAUCUCAGCAUUCAUGUGGCCCGCUGGUUAGGAUCAAGGCAUGUGUCGUCACCUGUUCUGCCCCUGGGGGACGUUCUCACGCUGCGGCAGCAACUACUUCUGGCCCGGAGCAAAGGCUUGGAACCCUUUCGUGAUGCGUGGCUUAAGAUGCUGCAGAGACUGGGGCACUCUGCCUCUGGCUCUGGGAGCUCUGGGCACAGCCACUUCGCCGCAGACACCUUCAAGGAUCAAGUGCUGCAGAUGAAUCCGUGUGUCUGCAAGAAGCGACGACGCGCAGCUGAAGCACUGCAUGAAGCGAUGGGUCGACAGAGGUCUGCUGGAUUGCGAAAGCAGGCGGUCUCCAGAAAGAGACAGGAUGCUGUCGCAAGGCUGAGAGCUGCCUCAUGUGCGACAGAGCGAGCAUUGGCAGCCUGCAACGUCAAGCGACACUCAAGCAGCCGCAAUGUCCGUAAGACAUGA